AGAAGAAACGGAAGAAAAGCACCAAAAGACCGAAGAGAUGAAACAUGUAAUUAAAUGUAUCAUUUAAGAUAAACAUGAAAAGACUGCUGCAUGGGUUGUAUAAAGCUCUCAUUAAACGUUCGCGCGUGUAAUUUCUCUUUGCAACGAUCGUACACUGGCUCACGAACGCUUACCAUAACAAGCUUAUGGUAAGAUUUCAUCAACACGCAAUUUGUUGAAAUUUUAAUCGUAAUUAUAAUAUUGGUCAAAUUUGAAACUAAUUUAAACACAUAGUACGACCUCGAGAACCAGUGGACGGAUUUUCAUGCGAUUUUCACCAUUCUUAAAAAGCAUUUCUCGUGUAAGAUUUAGGUUCGUGAAACGUUACCCUAUGACAAAAGGAAACAGGAGUCGAAAAUAUUUAUAAACCAGAGACAAUUUACUGCCAUUCGCAACGCAACCAACGGUGACCUUCUACGUUGGAAUUGUAUUUUGUUUAGAAUCGUUGCCACUAUACAUAUAACGAAGUCAUGCGAUCCCCCCUCUCCAAGCAGCGUCUUUUUCUUUUUAGCGUAUGGCAUGUCAGAAACCGCUUCGCGACGAUAUUGUUUCACGGACUAUGAAAUGUUUACCGAGCCAAUAGAAACUCACAAAAUCGUCGUCCAUAUUAUUAAAAACGAUUAUAUUAAGGUUCAGGACAAAGACCGGUCAUAUGAGCUGGUUAGAAAAUAUAUGUAGAGACGACAAGAUAUUUAUUGCAAACAUACACUUAGUAAUUUAGCAUACAACAAGAAUAGUGGUUUUAAAUAUACGAUUAAUGCUAAAGAUGGUCUCAUUGAAUACUGUAGUUUACUAUUAUAAUUAAUAAUUGAUCUUUUAAAUACUUCUACGGUCUUUGCGAAAUGUAUACUUGCAACAAAUAUUUUGUAACUUCUAUAUCUAUACAUUUUCAGGUACAUUCCAAAUUUCACAAUUUUUUUGUACAACUCGUAUAAUAUGUCCAUGAAAAGUUUCUUUAAAUAUCCAGGUACUUCGAUGAGUCAUUGUGUGUCUAUUUCGUAAAAUAUAUUUUGCCAUUCGACCAUGUAUAACUCCAACAACCGCAAAUUACCGAAUGAUGAGCGAACCAUCCGAAAUUCGUCAGAGUUGAUCCCGUGUUAUUUGAAAGUCAUAGAAAUCCGUCAGCCGUGAAAUUCGCCAAAGUUAAUUUCUCGCGAAACAAAGCAAAGAACGAUCAUUUUAUGUCGCCGUUUCGAGACGUUUCGUUUCGUGAACCUCACAAUGAAAGAAUUAUCAAGGACGCACGAAUGGCCCACAAGGUUAAGCCUCAUCGUUAUUCUGCUGCGAUACGAUGUCCUCGGCACGAUCGACGUCAAUUUAAACGAGCUGGAAUAUUUAGCCGCACGCCUUAAUCCUUUCGAGUGUCGACGCUUGAUAGCUGCGCUUCAUUAUAUUACUUACGAUCUACCGAACAAUCUCGCAGCUGCUGAACGUAACGUGGACGACGAUAUACCUUGCAUUCGCCAUCUUUUGCAUUGGAAUAGUUCUCCAGCUGAAGGCAAAGGAAACACUCACGAGAUUUUAACCCACAGACUUCGUCAAAUAAAUCGAAAUGAUCUGGCAGAUUGGUUAGGAAAAUCCUCGUUCGUGCAAAUAGGGAAAGAUCUCGACAGGGCAUUGGUAAACACGUUCGAUGAACUCGUCAAAGAAGAAACGGAAUUGCCGUAAGUAAUCUUGAUGAAAUUUUUCGAUUACCGUUUAAACAACGGUACGGUUUGAGUACAACAUAUCGGUUUAACAAAUUUUUCUUUCGAUAGAAUAAAACACGCUUUAAGUGUCACAGAGUAUAAAUACAAAGUUCUUUUUCUUCAUCUAAAUAAAAAUUCCAUUUAAUAAGACCGAAGAAAAAUCCUCUCUAUAAUACUAUCAUAAUGUAGUUUUAUACUUUAUUUCAAGUAGAUACUAUUCCGAAAUUAUUUUCGUAUUUUACAAUCAACUUGAGAGUAUCAAUUAUACAUUCUUUUACAAUCUUGAACUUUUAGUGUAUCAUCCUCCAAAAAUAUGAAUUGCCAUCACCUCUAUAUCUAUUUAAUAAAAUGUAAUGUUUCUUUGAAAAUAAAAGCAUCAUAGCCACGAACAGCCUUAAUUGUCGGUACAUUUGCAUUUAUCGUUUCAAAUUUCACAGUUAUCCAGUAACGCUUGAAUCAUUCAAACGCCAUGAAGAAGAAGAUCCUUGGCUGCAAAUUGAUGUUAUUCUCAUGGCAACCUUAUUAGGACUACUAGGAACCCUACUAACACUGAUAUGUUACACAGUAUUGCAAAAGAUCAGGCAACACUUUCGCAAAACCAAGUACAAGUACGAUUAUCAUUUUCCGCAUAUUUUUGCCGUGUUAUAGAUACCAAUAACAAAAAUUGUCUAUUUGUUUCGUGUUUCGUUUUACACAAAUAUGUAUAUAU